CACACCGUACUCGAUGGCUGACCAGCGACCAACAGACUCGUUCCCCAGCCUUCUCGACGUCGGCCUCUACCUCACCAUGCACGGCUACAACUGGUACUGGCUCGCUUUCGUGUGCAUGAUCACGUCGCUACUUGCCAUUAUCGUUCUUGACUUCAUGCGGCCGCGAGGCAUUCGCUUGUUCCACCAGAUUGCGAUAGUCGUCCUCACCACGGCCAGUCUGGCCUACUUCAGCAUGGCCUUUGAUCUCAGUACAUCGAGUCCGGAGGCGCAGAUUGGCGGAGGGGCUGCAUUCAGAACCAUCUCAUUUGCGUGGUACAUUAUGUGGAUCAUCAACCUCCCGCUGUUACUGCUCUCGGUCCUGCUCGUGACCGGCCUCUCGCUGCUCGAGAUCCUCGUCACGCUCUUCGCUGCAGUCGUCCUUGUGCUGUCAGGACUCGUCGCCGACUUUGCGCCCGCUUACGGCCGCUGGUUCUCGCUCAUGUCCGGCGUCGCCUUCGGUUGCGUCAUCCACAACGUCCUCGUCAAGGGCACCAAGUCCGCGUACGCCGCCGGAGACGCGUUCGGGACGCGCUACCUGCUCUCCGCCGCGUUCCUCGCGCUCGUCCUGCUCGGCUACCCCGCGACGCACGUCCUCGCGCACAGCUCUGCGCUCGCGCCCGCCGCCGCGGCCGGCGCGUACGGCGCGCUCGACGUGCUCGCCCAGCCCGUGUUCCUCCUCUUCUUCCUCCACCAGCUCAGCCGGAUCGACCCCGGCUCGGUGUGCGGCGCGAUCGCGCUCGAGGACGCCGAGGAGGCGCAGCAGCGGCCGCGUCCGAGGCGGCUCCGCCGGAGCCUGCCCCUCGUGGUCCUCAGGUACUAAGGACCCUUCGCCCGGCAAUCGGGAACAGACAGCCUGUUACGACGAAGACAGGCCUUUGCUCGGCGCUCAAGAAUCAGUAAAGGAGUAGAGCGCGCGCAAAGGCCAGACGACGACAAUUUACGACCAACCUCCUCACGCGCACUGCUUGUACCACAACCGACCUCCCAUAAUCCCUGUAUGCGACUCCCUUGUGCAUUACCGGCAUCUGCAUUCGCUCUCAAGCUGUCCCACCUCAUCUACCGGGCUGACAUCCCGGUUGUAAUACCCCACUUGCUGUACGUUCUUGACUUAUGCUUUUUGUAUUAUAUAUCAGGUCUGCUUGC